AUGGGUGUUCGGUCGUUGUGGAAGAUUCUCAAGCCCUCGAUGGAGAAGACUACGCCGUCUGGGAUAAAACUUGCUGUGGACACAAGCAUCUGGAUAUGCCAGUAUGGACACUUAGGAAGUGAUGAUAUAAUUUACUUUUUUUCAAAAAGGAUUAUCAAACUUCUGUACCAUGGGAUCCAACCAGUUUUUGUUUUUGAUGGAAAGCCUCCGGAGAUCAAAAAGCAUGCCAUUUUGGAAAGAAGAAAAAGGAGCAAUAGGAGCGGGAUAGAAACUGUAGAUAAAAUGCUCAAAUGGGAUGAGAAUUUAGAUCUUCCAAGUAGCAAGGCUAAGGCUGUCGAGUUUGGAAAGGAUAGAUAUAAUUGGGGGGACAUCUUCGAUUCGGAAUUGGAUUCACAUCUACUUGAAUAUUCAACAAGUUCGGAUGAAGAAGUCUCUUCUAACGAGCGAGAAGAAAACAGCUUGGAACUAGAUAUAAGCUUUGAUUUUGUUGAAUCCAAAGAUUUGUCUAGAACACAAAAGCUUAGAAGGCUGGUUGACCUAAGAGGGCGCAGAAAGGAAAUAAGAACAAGAUGUAACUUUGACGAUCCAGACACUUUCUCAAUGCUACAGAUUAAGAACUUGAAGAUUCGAAAUCUGAUCUCCCAUAAUAUAAAAGCUCUGGAAAAAAAAGGUUAUAGAAGAGUCCAUGGGGAUUGUAAGGCCAUAUAUAAGCUUACAAAGAAGCCAGAUUAUGUACGUAACGAGGGAGAAACAACCAACGAAUUAAAAAAACCUACAAAGAGGGUUCUUCCUGCAACUGGGCCCGAUUUGGAAAAUGAUAUUUCUGAAUUGGUUGAUGAAACGUGUGUAAAGAACAAUUUGUCUGUUCAGGAUUUGGCAUCCUAUCCUGUCCUUAAAAGUCUGGUAGAUAAGUACAAGGAUUCGGAUAGAAGUCUGAAAAAGGACACAGAGUGUAUCCAAGGAGUAGAGAACUACAAAGAAGAGAAAGUGGCUUUGGUAAGUGGUGCGAAAGAAAGGAUGAUGGGAGGUUUUUUUGGCCUAGAUGGUAGUUUGGACUCUUGGGACACAGUCCAAGAGGAAUAUGGUAGCUUUUAUAAAGGCAGAGAAAUCCCCGAUGAAACUAAUCAGGGAAUCCGUGAUAUUUGCAGAGUGAUGAGGCUUAUAAAGGAUAUCCUGGAGGUGUUCAAUAUUUCAUACGUAGAAGCACCUUCGGAAGCUGAUGCCCAAUGCGGGUUUAUGUGCCGCAAUAAUACUGUUGAUGGUGUGAUAACUGAAGACAACGAUGUUCUACUCUAUGGAGGAACAGUUUAUAGAAACUUUUUUAGAAGGGACCGAGGAAUAGAGAAAUACAGUCUAGAGAGAAUCAAAAAGGAGCUCAACCUUGAUAGGAAGAAUCUUAUAGAACUUUCAUAUCUUCUGGGAAGUGACUACACACUAGGAGUCAAGGGAAUAGGGCCAGUGAAAGCUCUUGAGGCGGUUAGAAAGGGAUCUGUAAGGGAGGAAGAUAUAGGUAUGCUGGUGGGAUUAUACUUGAAUCCUGUUGCUAUUGAUAUGAAGGAUAUUCUAAUCCCUGUAGUAGACAAAGACAAAAUAAGAAUGUUCUAUGAAAAAAAAGGACUGAGUAAGGAAAGAAUAGAUGGAGUUAUGUUUUUCCUUGAAAGAAUCAAAUUUGGAUGA